AUGGGAAACCAGCUCGCUGGCAUUGCUCCCCAGAUCCUUUCUGUGGAGAGUUAUUUCUCAGACAUCCAUGACUUUGAAUAUGAUAAGACUGGGAGUACUCGGUUCUUUAAAGUUGCUCGAGCAAAGCACCGAGAAGGCCUGGUGGUUGUGAAGGUCUUUGCAAUUCAGGAUCCCACGUUGCCUCUCACCAGCUAUAAACAAGAGCUGGAGGAACUGAAAAUCAGGCUUCAUUCUGCCCAGAACUGUCUGCCUUUCCAGAAAGCUGCCGAAAAAGCAUCUGAGAAGGCAGCCAUGCUCUUCAGGCAGUACUUGCGAGACAACCUCUACGACCGCAUCAGCACCCUUCCGUUCUUAAAUAACAUUGAGAAGCGCUGGAUCGCUUUCCAGAUCCUCACAGCUGUGGACCAAGCGCACAAGUCCGGCGUCCGUCGGGACAUCAAGACGGAGAAGGUGAUGGUCACCAGUUGGAACUGGGUUCUUCUAACGGAUUUUGCCAGUUUCAAGCCCACUUACCUUCCAGAGGACAACCCGGCAGAUUUCAACUUUUUUGACACUUCACGGAGGAGAACUUGUUACAUUGCUCCUGAACGUUUUGUCGAUGGUGGAUUGUUUGCCACAGAGUUAGAAUAUAUGAGAGAUCCUUCAACUCCACUUGUAGACUUAAACAGCAAUCAGAGAACAAGAGGAGAAUUGAAGCGAGCAAUGGAUAUCUUUUGAGCAGGUUGUGUGAUCGCUGAGCUUUUUACAGAAGGCGUGCCUCUGUUUGAUCUCUCUCAACUUUUGGCCUAUAGAAAUGGGCAGUUUUUCCCUGAGCAGGUGCUGAGUAAAAUUGAAGAUCGCAGUAUAAGAGAAUUGGUAACUCAGAUGAUUCACCGUGAACCAGAUAAACGUUUAGAGGCAGAAGAUUACCUAAAGCAGCAACGUGGCAAUGCCUUUCCUGAAAUAUUCUAUACUUUUCUUCAGCCUUAUAUGGCCCAGUUUGCCAAAGAAACAUUUCUUUCUGCAGAUGAGCGUAUUCUGGUUAUAAGGAAGGAUUUGGACAACAUCAUUCACAAUCUCUGUGGACACGAUCUGCUGGAGAAAGCGGAUGGAGAGCCCAAAGAGAAUGGGCUCGUUAUCUUGGUGUCAGUUAUAACGUCCUGCCUGCAGACCCUGAAAUACUGCGACUCCAAGCUUGCCGCUUUGGAACUUAUUCUCCAUUUGGCCCCAAGAUUAAGUGUAGAAAUUCUUUUGGAUCGUAUUACACCUUAUCUUUUGCAUUUCAGCAAUGACUCUGUUCCCAGAGUAAGGGCCGAAGCCUUGAGGACAUUGACUAAAGUUCUUGCUCUGGUGAAGGAGGUUCCUCGCAACGAUGUCAACAUUUACCCAGAGUACAUCCUGCCAGGCAUAGCCCACUUGGCCCAGGAUGACGCCACAAUCGUCAGGCUAGCCUAUGCUGAAAACAUAGCUCUGCUGGCAGAAACAGCUUUGAGAUUCCUGGAAUUAGUACAGCUGAAAAAUCUCAACGUGGAAAACGACCCAAAUAGUGAAGAAAUAGACGAAGUGACACAUCCCAGCGGAAACUAUGACACAGAGCUCCAAGCCUUACAUGAAAUGGUCCAGCAGAAAGUUGUCACUUUGCUGAGUGACCCUGAAAAUAUCGUGAAACAGACCUUAAUGGAAAACGGGAUAACAAGGCUGUGCGUGUUCUUUGGACGCCAGAAAGCCAAUGACGUUUUGCUGUCCCACAUGAUCACUUUCCUGAAUGAUAAAAAUGAUUGGCAUCUGCGUGGAGCUUUUUUUGAUAGUAUAGUUG